AUGGAAAAAAUUAAAAUAUUAAGAUUUGAUAGUCCAUUAAGUUUAGAAUAUUUAGGUAUGAAAAAUAAAGGAAUUAUAUGGAAUAGAAAUAUUCAACGAUGGAAAUAUCAACGUUUUAAUUUUUCUCAAAAAGCUUUAAAUAAUAAACUAUUAGAUAAUGCAAAAAAAUAUGUUUCAAAUGAUGCUGCUGAUUACAUUUUAAAAUAUCUUGACAAAUAUGAAAUUGAAACAAAUAUAAUUGAUACAAUGGAUUUUUUACGUUCAAUAUCAUUUACAAUAACAUGUUAUUUAUUUCUUGAAUUACCUAUUGGAACGAUUUCAAUUGAAGAAACAAAAUAUUAUGUUAACUCAAUUGUACAAUAUUUUAAAGCAUGGGAAUAUUUUUUAUUAGAACUAACUCAAUUUUAUGAUGAAAAACAAACAAAUAAACAUAAAAAAUCAAUAAAACAAUUAAAUGAUGUUGUUAAUGAAUUGAUAUCUAAACGAGUAAUGAAUAAUAAUUGUUUAUUUAUUAAUUCAUUAUUAAAUGCUCUUGACAAUCAACAAAUAACAAAAGAAGAAAUGAAUCAAUGUAUUUUAGAUAUGUUGAUUGCCGGUACAGAUAUAUCAUUUGUUACAAUGUUUUAUUUUCUUCUUGCACUUUGUGAUCGAAAGGAAUUAGAAGAACAAUUAUUAAAAGAAUUAAAAGAAAAUUCUUAUCAAAUUCUUACAAAUGGUUUAAAAGAAUCAAUGCGUUUUAAAUCAGUUGGUCCUGUUAUAAUGAGAUGUACUAUUAAUGAUGAUUUUUAUAAUAAUAUUCAUAUUAAAAAUGGAUCAAAUAUAAUUAUUAGUUUAGCUGAUAUGCACAGAAGAAAUGAACAUUUUAUAUUAGGAAAUCAAUUUAAUUUAAUUAAUGUUGAAGAUAAAGAUUUAUCAAAUACAAAUAAUGAUAGAAAUGUUUUUGUUCUAUUUAGUAUAGGACUUAAAGAAUGUGUUGGUAGAUGGUUAGCAAAAGUUGAAAUGGAAAUUAUUAUUGAAAAAUUAAUUUUGAAUUAUUCAUUUAAACGUGCUAAUGGAACAAAAGCAUUAGAAGAUUUACAAACAUGA